UUCUGUUUAUUUUAUUUGCCAACCGUGCAGAGAUAGCAGAAAUAAGGAUAAUAAAAAUCGUUUUGCUGAUAUCCAACUGAUAGGAAUCGUUCAAUUCAACUCUUCACAUAUGUAUCUUUCAUAUAUUCACAAUGGAGAUUAAAACUUUACUGUUUUUAGGGUCAGCUUUUGCAACUUCUACACUUCUUUUUAUAUGUAUUCUUCUAAUAGCCACAGCUAGAACAUUUCCUUUAGUAAUUAGAAGUAAAAAAGAAAAAUAUUUUGUUGAUCCAGUGACUGGGAAACUAAUACAAUUUCCUUCUAUAAAUGAAAAAUCUUCAAUUCACUUAAGCGUUAUAGUUCCCGCUUAUAAUGAAGAAACGAGACUUCUUCCAAUGCUAGAUGAAUGUACAGAAUUUUUGGAAAGCAGGUGUAAAAGUUCUGAUUAUAAAUAUGAAAUCAUAAUAGUUAGUGAUGGUAGUAAAGAUAAGACUGUAGAUGUAGCACAAAAAUAUGCCAAAAAAUUAGGGUCAGAUAAGCUAAGGGUAUUAGACCUUGAAACUAAUAGGGGGAAAGGUGGUGCUGUAAGAUUAGGAAUGCUGAGUGCAAGAGGGUCAGUACUUUUAUUUGCCGAUGCAGAUGGAGCUACCAAAUUUGCAGAUUUAAUCAAAGUUGAAGAUGGUUUAUCUAAUUUGGUAAAAUAUGAUUAUCAAAAACAACCAUCCAAAGUAGAAGAUAAACUGGCAAUUUCUAUUGGUUCUAGAGCACAUUUGGAGGAAGAUGCUUUGGCUUCUAGAAGUAUAUUUAGAAACAUUUUAAUGCAUGGUUUCCAUUUUCUUGUUUGGUUGUUUGCAGUAAGAGGUUUAAAAGACACACAGUGUGGUUUCAAAUUACUAACCAGAGAAGCAGCUAGAAUUUGCUUUGACAGUAUGCAUGUUGAAAGAUGGGCAUUUGAUGUGGAAUUGCUGUAUAUUGCACAAACUUUAAAAAUUCCAAUUGCCGAGGUCGCUGUAAACUGGACAGAGAUUGACGGUUCAAAAAUUACUCCAGUAUGGAGUUGGGUUCAAAUGGGUGUAGAUUUGGGUCUCAUUUGGUUAAGGAGACCUAUAGUUGCCCUUAGUGGUAUACGCAACAAAACUGAUCGGGCUGUUCUCGAAGAAAUGAUCAGGGUUGAUCAUGCAGGUGAGCUUGGAGCUGAUCGAAUUUACGCUGGCCAAAUGGCCGUUUUAGGAACAACUUCAAAAGGUCCACUGAUCAGGCAUAUGUGGGAUCAAGAAAAACAUCAUAGAGCUACUUUUGAAGAACUUAUUCGUAAGCAUAGGGUGAGACCAACUGUUAUGACUCCUAUUUGGAAUGUUGCUGGCUUUUUGUUAGGAGCUGGAACAGCUAUGCUUGGGGAUAAAGCAGCCAUGGCAUGCACAGUCGCAGUUGAGACAGUCAUAGUGGACCAUUAUAAUGAUCAGCUUAGAACAUUGCUAGAAAAUCCUGAAUGUAACAAAGAGCUUAUGGAAACGAUUACAAAAUUCAGAGAUGAGGAGCAGGAACACCAUGAUACAGGAAUUGACCAUGGAGCUGAACAAACUCCUUUUUAUAGUGCGCUGUCUAAUUUAAUAAAAACCGGAUGCAAAGUUGCCAUAUCAAUUUCCAAAGUUAUUUAAAAUAGUUUUUGUUUGAAUAUUUUACUUUAUUAUGUACUCGAAAAUUAUGUGUUAUAUAAUUUAUUAAUAAACGUUUUUGUAAAAUAAAAUAUAU